GCGUUCGCUGCCUGAACUUGCCCGGGACCCGAUCCCCGCCCUGCACACACACGGCGACAUGGCCACUACCGCAGAACUGUUCGAGGAGCCGUUUGUUGCUGAUGAAUAUAUUGAGCGACUGGCCUGGAGAACUCCAGGAGGAGGAUCCAGAGGAGGAGCAGAAACAUUUGAUCCAAAAAGAUUAUUGGAGGAGUUUGUAAAUCACAUUGAAGAACUGAAGUUGAUGGAUGAGCGGAUUCAGAGAAAAGUGGAAAAAUUAGAAAAUCAGUGCCAGAAAGAAGCUAAAGAGUUUGCCAAAAAAGUCCAAGUACUUCAGAAAAACAACCAGGUUGCUUUUCAGCAUUUCCAAGAGCUUGACGAGCACAUCAGCUACGUGGCAACGAAGGUGUGUCAUCUUGGUGACCAGCUGGAGGGGGUCAACACGCCGCGGCAGCGAGCGGUGGAGGCGCAAAAACUGAUGACCUAUUUUAAUGAGUUUCUGGAUGGAAAGCUGCAGUCUGAUGUGUUUAACAACUCUGAAAAGAUCAAGGAGGCAGCUGAUAUCAUUCAGAAGUUGCAUUUAAUUGCACAAGAGCUGCCAUUUGAUAGGUUUGCUGAAGUAAAGUCAAAAAUUGCUAGUAAAUACCAUGAUCUAGAACACCAGUUAAUUCAAGAAUUUACAAGUGCCCAGAGAAGAGGAGAGAGAUCUCGUAUGAGAGAGGUGGCUGCAGUAUUGCUUCACUUCAAGGGCUACUCCCACUGUGUUGAUGUGUACAUAAAUCAGUGUCAAGAGGGAGCCUACCUGAGGAAUGACAUAUUUGAAGACUCUGCUAUCUUGUGCCAGCGUGUUAACAAAGAAGUCGGGGAUAUUUUCAGCAAUCCAGAAAUUAUUUUGGCAAAACUUAUACAAAACAUUUUUGAGAUCAAAAUUCAGAGUUUUGUGAAAGAGCAGUUGGAAGAAUGCAGAAAAUCGGAUGCAGAGCAAUAUCUUAACAAUCUCUAUGAUCUGUACACAAGAACUACUAAUCUCUCCAGUAAGCUAAUGGAAUUCAAUUUGGGAACCGACAAGCAAACAUUUUUGUCAAAGUUGAUCAAGUCAAUUUUCAUUUCUUACUUGGAGAACUAUAUUGAUGUAGAAACAGCUUACUUAAAAAGUCGGAGUUCUGUGAUCUUACAAAGAUACUAUGAGUCCAAGAACCACCAGAAGAGGCUAAUUGGAACUGGAGGAAUUCAAGAUCUAAAGGAAAGAAUUAGGCAGCGCACAAACUUGCCUCUGGGACCAAGUAUAGAAACUCACGGCGAGACGUUUUUGGCCCAAGAAGUGGUGGUAAACCUCUUGCAGGAAACCAAACGUGCUUUUGAGAGAUGCCACAAGCUUUCAGAUCUCUCCGAUCUCCCAAAGAAUGCAUUUAGAAUAUUUUCAAUACUUGUUGACUACUUAUGUAUUGAACACAUCGAUUAUGCCUUGGAAAUAGGAUUAGCAGCAAUCCCUUCUCCGGACUCUAAGAAUGCCAACCUCUAUUUCUUUGAUGUUGUACAUCAGGCCAACACUAUAUUUCAUUUAUUUGAUAAACAAUUCAACGAUCAUCUCAUGCCUUUAAUUAGCUCUUCUCCGAAACUGACAGAGUGUCUGCAGAAAAAGAAAGAUAUCAUCGAACAAAUGGAAGUGAAGCUGGACACUGGUAUAGACAGGACACUAAACUGUAUGGUUGGUCAGAUGAAGCAGAUUUUGACUGCGGAGCAGAAAAAGACUGAUUUCAAACCUGAGGAUGAGAAUAAUGUAUUAAUUCAAUACACUAUGGCUUGCUCCAAGGUUUGCCUUUAUGUUCGAAAGCAAGUGGAGAAGAUCCGUAAUUCAAUGGAUGGGAAGAAUGUGGACACCGUUCUCCUGGAACUGGGAUUGCGGUUCCAUCGCCUUAUAUACGAGCAUCUGCAGCAGUUUUCCUACAGCUCAAUGGGAGGCAUGCUUGCCAUCUGCGAUGUUGCGGAGUACAGAAAGUGCGCCAAGGAAUUCAAAAUUCCUCUCGUGCUGCAGCUUUUUGAUACCCUUCACUCCCUCUGCAACCUUCUGGUUGUGGCCCCGGACAACUUAAAGCAGGUUUGCUCUGGAGAGCAGCUGGCCAGCCUGGACAAGAACAUCUUACACUCCUUUGUACAGCUACGAGCGGACUACAGAUCCUCACGCCUUGCCCGACACUUCAGCUGAAGAGCUUACCACAGAGACGAAUGUGUAUCUGCCUAUGCCAAGUUGUAACUCGAAAAUAGCACAGGAGCCCAUUCCUUCAUACAUAAAGGUUGCUUUAGUCUCUACAGCCCAGUAGCACUGGCUUUAGGAUGGUAGUGCAGCUAUAUAUAACUUGCUCCUUCUGCCUCGUAAGAGCAAUUCUUAGGUUGUGAAGAUACUGUUAGGUGUGUUCUUAAAGUAGAGUUAACACUCCUUUCAUGUCUGUACUUUGAAAAGAGUUUGUUACUACAGUGGGACACACUACUUAUUGCCUAAUUGGCUAGCAGGUUCAUUUUUAAAGAGACUAAAGUACUUCUUUUAAGUAGGGGGAAGUGUUUUGCUUCUUCUUGUGUAUUGUGAUGCCAAGACAGGUUAUUUAAUUCCAAGAGUUAUACGUGAGGUUUCCCACAUCGUGGGUAUAAAAUGUUAUAUCCCUAGCUGGGCCUGGGAUGGAAUUCCACAAAUGUACUACCUUCAAUACAAUUAUAAUAUUUACCAUUUUCUAAUUGACCGUUGUUGACUUGCACUGAUCUGAGAUGUCCGUUUUGUUACAUUUAGUGAACUGGAUCUCCUGUAAUCCCCUUUUACAUGUUAAAAUUCCCCUGACCUUGUGAUUUCCCGUCACGACCCUUAAGAAAGCCAAUUUAAAUCGUACAUAUUCAGAACUGUGUUUUAUCCCAAUUCACCAUUAACUUAUUUGUACAGAGCAUUAAGCUAGAUUAGUUCAUCUAAAUGAUUACGCUUCUGUCUUUUAUAUAUGUGUGUUUUGUUUGUUUACCAGUUGUCUCCCAGAAUUGACAGAUGAUACAAAUCUAUUUUGAUCAGUGGAUUAAAUUGCGGAAUAGUGGUUUUGGUAUUUUCAUGAAAGGUUUGCCCUGGGAUCUGUUUUCAUUUGCAAGUUUAAUACAAGAAUUGUUUUUCAGCUAUUUUGCAAAUAAACCCGUUGCUUCUGUGGCGGGUGAUUGUAAUUUAUGUCCCCCUGUAUUUUAUUGCAACAUAAAAUUCCCAUGUUAUCUACAGCUUAGAACCGAGAAAGGAAACAGAAUUCUCCUUCUGUGUACAGCACUAACCGAGAAGUAUAUUUAUAUAUUAUUGUCUUCUAUCAGUCACGCAGACAUGUGCAGGUAAACCGUGGCAUCCAAGCUCUGUCAUUACUAACUGGCAUAAAGGAUGAUAGGGGUUGGGUACAAUAUACCGGCAUUCAGGAUCUUGACUGUCACAAUCCCAACAAAUUUUGGUGAGCAUUUUAACCCUAAACCCAACUCUAAGACCUCCCCUGCAGCCUCACCCUAAUUCUUAAUCCCGUCCCAUUUAGCAGCCUUACCCUAAUUGUCCCUCUAGUGCCUAACCCUAAUUAUCACUGUCGGGAUUGUGAUCGUCCGGAUUCCUCUGCCAGGAUUGUCAACGUCAGGAUUCCUCUGCCAGGAUUGUCACCAUCAGGAUCCUGACUACAUCCCUCUCAAAGGUUAUAUUGUUUCAUAUGGGUAUUUGCGAUAUAUAGAAUGACAUGUUAUGAAAUGUAUAGGGUGCACAAAUCUAAUGCUGUAAAGCAUCCACAUACAGGUCUGUUGGACAUUUUCGUGGAGUAAAUAUCUUUUUUUUUUUUUAAUUGGUCUUUGUCCACAAAGCGCUUAUAACAGGUUUAGCUCUUAUAAUAUGUAUCUGAAGUAGAGAUGGCAGCCACUGUUUUAGAUUUCAUUUGAAUAUUUGUUCCAAAAAGAAUAAACUGAUUAGUUAAAAAAAAAAACAUUAUUAAAGGAGAACUCUACCUAUAUUAUUUUUCUUUAAUAACCUCGCCUACACCAAUUAUUGAGAAUGACGUUCAGAAGAUAUUCCCUCCCAUGUACCAGGCAUUGAAACCUGUUUCUUGUUAAAACAGCCAGUAGAAUUCUGAAAGUAACCUGCAGCUCUCCAUUGGCUAUUUAGUGUCCGCAUUCAAAUGGCUCGCACCUGUUAGCUUACUAGAAUUCUCAGUUGCUGGUGCUGACCAGCGUCUGCCGAGCCACAGGAUUCCGUGGGAUGGAGGGAGGGUGGUUUUUUAGUAAGAAAAUACUAUUAUGGGCAGUGUUUAAUGAUGCUAAAUCAUUAUGUUGACAUUGUAGAAAUGUUGACAGCCAACAUGUUGACAUUCUCAGAAUGUUGAGAGUAAGGUUUAGGCAUUAGGUGGUUUGGUGUGGGGGGUGUUGGGAUAGUGUGGAAAUACUUACCGGAAGGUCAGGGAUCAGAGUUUUAACCCUGAAGUGAAGGUCACAUGACUGUUGGGACCUGGAAAAUUUCACUGGAGUCAACAGGAGAAGGUCACCACUGGGUGUCGACAUUAUGACCAUGUCAACAUGAUGAAGGCCAACAUUGACUGUCGACAUUUCAUACCCAACCCGUUUAAAGAUGGUAGCACUCUCUUCAGUCUACUUGUAUGGCUAUGCUGCUUAUUUGGCCACAAAUGACAACUUUGAUCAUUGUACCAGACAAUGUUUCCCAUCAGCCAAUGGGUCAUUGGCCGAUGACCACUCAGCACAUUAAUAAAUCUUUUCUCGUCCAUACAGGUUUUUUUUUUUAUCAGAUAGAUCAUUUUUCUAAGCAAAUUCUGACCUGUUUUGUCCAUGAUGACCACAUUGCCCAUUAUAAUUGCUGUGUGUGGGCACUUUGAGAUGAAUAAGUUUUGGUGUUGAGGUGAUGGGGGGGCACAUGCAAGCCCACAAGAAUGUUUUCAUUGUCUAUUAACUGUCAAAUAGUUUUGGUAAAGUUCUCCCAAAAGUCUGUGCAUGUGUUUUACAAAAGAGAGUGCGACUUUGACAAAACUUAGUGUUACAUUUUUAUUUAUUUUUUAACUACUGCCAAACAUUGUGUGUUGUCCUUCCAGUUUUUAACAUCCCAAAGUCUUUUUGAGUUGUGAUCUCGCAGAUCCCAAGAGAAUAUAGUCCACAUAUUCCACUUCAUUAGAGCUGGAUAAAGUGGCGCUUUUUACUUCAUAUAAAGUUAAUGUAUUGAAUCAACAGGUUCGGGGACAGACAGAAGCGGCUUUGUCCAGAAGUGGACAAUCCAUUUCUCCUGGGGAUGGUAUCAAAAUCCCGGCAGUCACCAUCCCAAUGGUUAGAAUGCUGACAGCAGAAUCCAGACGGAUCCCUCUAAGUAUUUUAAACAUAACGUCCUCUCCCACAGCCUAAGCCUUAACCCUCCACAGCCUAACCCUAACAAUCCCCCCCACAUCCUAACCAUCCCCCACACAGCCUAACCCUAAUCAUCCAACCCUCCCCUUAGUGUCUGACCCACACCCCAGUAGUUACUGUUAGGGUUCUGACAGCCAUGAUUUUGCUGUCUGUAUUCUGACUGGUAAUCCUAACUGCCGGGAACCUGCCCUCAUACCAUCUUCUGCUAAGUGAAUAACACCAAAUCAAUAAUGUCUGUAAGAUAUUUGUGUAUUAUAGAUCUCAAUAAAUAACUGAGAGUUUUGUGGUCAUUUUAAUUUGAGAUGUCCUCAUUGUUAUGGUAGUAUUUUUUCGAAACUUCCGCUCUCAAGACAGAUUUUGCGUUUUCAAAAAAAUUGUCAGCUUUGAAUGUAGCUCUUGCUUACAAAAGGGAAAGGGAAACUUUUUUUAACAUCUAAAUAUUUUGAUCUAUUUUUUAAAUGUGUUGUAGCCUCAAGGUGGCGGUCACGAGACAAGUGGCUGCAUUUGCUCACCUUUAAAAAAAAAAAAAAAAAAAAAAAGUUUUGAUAUAAAUUCAAAUCUCACCUUUUCUGAAAUAUUUAGUCAAAAUAGUAACACAAUGUAUGUAGAUACAGCUGGGCGUACACAUGCAGAUAAAAUACUUUUUCCCAUUACUACCCCUGUGAUGGAAAAUGGGAAAUGUCUGUCGACCAGCUAUUGUAGGCCAUACAUGGCCCUAAUGCGGCCAAUUUUCAACUUAGAGAAUAUUGCAUCGGUCAUGCUGGACGAUCCGCCAUGCCCGACCAAUCCAUAUUUUUGGAACGGUCACCCACAUCCACUCUAAAAUUAUCUGGGCAGUUUGCCUUUAUCAGGCCAAAUAAUUGUAGCGUGUAUGCCCCGUAUUAGGCAGCAGGUUGAAAUAAAAGGUGGGUCUCUGUUUUGACUCCUAUUUUACAGUUGUAUAAAAUGUAUUAAUUUCUUAAUAUACAGAUUUUUUUUCGGUGGUACCCGCUCUUAAUUUUCUUUUGUGCAAUAUCUCCUUUUGCCUGCUAAAAGGGCAGCAACAAAACUGUACAAUAACUGUUUGCAGUUUUGACAUGUAACAUUUCCUGUCAAUAAAUAAAUUCUUUUAUGUUCUCUGUUUUAAAA